AUGGAGUUAUUUGGUGAAAGAGUUGACGAUAUAGAAGAUUUAAUUGUGAGUCGUGAUUCAGCUCCAAAACCUAACCGAACCAAGAUAACCUAUCGUUCUAAAAAAGUUAAGAAAGAUGAAUAUGUUCAACCUGUUAUUUACGAUAAUCCAAUACCUGAAUCGCACAAAAUAUACAUCAAAACGUGGGGUUGCACUCACAACAGUUCUGAUAGUGAAUACAUGGCCGGAUUAUUAUCUUCUUAUGGUUAUAAUUUAGUCGAAGAUCCUGAAAUAGCCGAUUUAUGGUUAUUAAAUAGUUGUACAGUUAAAAAUCCGGCAGAAUCUCAUUUUAGAAAUGAAAUUGAAAAAGGUAGAAAACUCGGAAAGCACAUAGUUGCAGCUGGAUGUGUGCCUCAAGGUGCUCCCAAACAAAAUUAUAUACAAAACUUAAGUAUUAUUGGAAUUCACAACAUUGAUAGGGUGGUAGAAGUUGUUGAAGAAACAUUAAAAGGUCAUUCUGUUAGAUUACUAUCGCAAAAAAAAGAAAAUGGUAAAAAAUUAGGAGGAGCUAAUUUAUUGUUACCAAAGGUUAGAAAAAAUCCUUAUAUUGAAAUUAUACCCAUAAGCACUGGUUGCCUUAAUCAAUGCACUUAUUGCAAAACAAAACAUGCUAGAGGAGAACUUGGAAGUUAUCCUGUCGAAGAAAUUGUUGAAAGAGCUAAACAAGCAUUUUCUGAAGGAGUUGUUGAAUUAUGGCUGACAUCAGAGGAUACUGGAGCCUAUGGAAAAGACAUAGGAGCAUCACUACCUGAGUUAUUAUGGAAAGUUGUUGAAGUAAUUCCAGAUAAUUGUAGAAUGAGAGUAGGAAUGACAAAUCCACCUUACAUAUUAGAACAUUUGGAAGAAAUGGCAAAAAUAUUAAAUCAUGAAAAGGUUUAUAGCUUUCUUCAUGUACCAGUACAAUCAGGAUCAGAUGCAGUUUUAAGUGAUAUGAAAAGAGAAUAUACUAUAUCUGAUUUCAAACAUGUCGUCGACUUUUUAAGGCUCAGGGUUCCUGGAAUAACUAUUGCCACAGAUAUUAUUUGUGGGUUUCCAACAGAAACAGAAAAAGAUUUCGAAGAAACUCUUUCCCUAUGUGAAACAUAUAAAUUUCCAUCAUUAUUCAUUAAUCAAUUUUACCCAAGACCUGGAACUCCAGCUGCUAAAAUGGUUAAAGUUCCUAUGCAUGAAGUCAAGCAAAGAACUAAAAAACUUGCAGAUUUAUUUCACAACUCGAACAAAAAAGACAACAAAGACAGAAAAUUUUAUACAGUAAAAACAAAACAAAAUAAAAUUAAUAUUAAAUAUUAA